AUGGUGCCGUUUAUCGUGUUGAUCCCCGCGCCGGAGAGUGGGUUUAGGAGGUUCCAUUAUGAGAAGCCUGGGGCUGUUCCGGCGUUGAAUGUGGUGACUAGUCUAGUAGAUGUCACCUCUCUAGAAGAGGUCAGUCUCCUAGAAAUGGUCAGUCUUUUAGAAGAUAUCACCAUUCCAGAAGAGCAGAGUCCGGCCGUUGAAAGGGGAGCGAAGAGAGCAAAGAAGGAUUCACCGGCUGGUGCAAAAAAAGAGGAUAGUGUUGGGCUCAUUGACGACAAGAGCUAUAUAGAGCAACAAGAGCUGGCUGCAGUACAUCGCCUCCAGGAUGAUAAAUUCGGGGUGGGGAAGACGAGGAGACGUAAAAGUCGCAGCAGCUUCAUCAAAUGUGUGACGGAGAAAGAAGAUAAACAGAAAGAAGGAAGGCUGCCACCUAUUUCGAGUUAUUUCCACUCCCUCAGAUGCGAUUGA